AUGAAGACGAGAGACGACCGCAUACCACCAAAAAUGGCGAUCGGUGAUAAUGCCGUAAAUAAUAUACAAUCGCAAAAACGGAGUGACGGAGUCCGGCGGAUAACGACAAAAGACGACCGGAAAAAAUUCGACGAUCCGGUGCUCAAAAUCGUUACUGAUAAAAAUCGGAAACCGGGACCGACCGAAGCGCUGAUAAAUGAUGUUGUGGGAACCAAGGGAACUCAGGGGAAAACCGGCCCGUUGGCAGACCUUGAGGAAAACGACGACAAGCACAGAAAAUUGUAUAACAGCAAUAGAACCAUUAUCGGUGGUAACGGUGCCGUGGAAAAAUCAAAAACUACCAGGACAAGAAACAGUGACUCUGUUGUAAAAAAAUCAAAAAACCCAAGUACUAAAAAUGGCACUGGUGUCGGCGGUGGUGUCGGCGGGGGUGUCGGCGGGGGUGUCGGCGGUGGUGUCGGCGGUGUCGUUGGUGGUGGUGGCUUCAGAGAUGGUGGUGGUGGCUUCAGAGAUGGUGGCGUCAGUGUUGGCGUCGUCGGUGGUGGCGUCGGUGUUGGCGUCGUCGGUGGUGGCGUCGGUGUUGGCGUCAGUGGUGGCGGCGGCGGCGGUGGCGUUGGUGGUGGUGGUGUCGGUGGCGCCAGCGGUGGUGGAGGUGGCGCUAGCGGUGGUGGUGGUGGUGGUGGCGGUGUCGGUGGCAAUGGUGUCGGUGGUGGCGGUGGCGUUGGCGGCGUCGGCAAAAACGUGGUGCCAUCGGAAACCCUGAUCUCACCAGCCAUCGACUACCUCGACGAUACUUUGCUAACGGCUACCCGCGAUGGGAUAAACGAACCGGUCGAUAAGAAGAGAAUGUUUUCGGUGGCAGAGACCAUCGACACCCCACGUGUACCCGCAGACGUUCGAGACGACGAUGACGGUGCAGGUGGUUUCGGUGGUGGAGUCGGCGGCAGUGGAAAGAACGCAGUUAACCAGGACACCGGAAAAGACCGAAUAUUUGAUGAACGGUACCGGACUGGACCGGACAAUUCUGAAACCGGACGUAACCGUAUAGGUGAGCGGAACCAGGACGAAAUCUGUAAUAAAACAACUACGCUUACGGCCACGAAUGGAGCUGGCAGUCAUCGUAUCGACGACAACUGUACGGAUCACGACAUAUACAAGCUACGUAUGGCUUGUGUUUUGGGUCAAUUGGACCAAUGCCAAAAUCGAGAAACUGGCCUAUAUCAAGCUAAAAGAAAAGGAAGCAAAUAUGAAGUAACAGAUCUUACUGAGAACGAAUAUUGUAAACUAAAAAAUAUGUAA